AGGCCUAGUCUAGUGGUGAAAGACACAACCGUUCGAAGUGAAAAGUCAUGUAUCUCUAACAAGUGGCAACCAUAAUAUUAUAGAAGAAUUGUUAUUUAUUAUUAAUUUCCUAGAUUGUUGUAUCCUAUGAACCAAUGCAGACAAUAAGAUAAAAAAGUGCAUAUUUAUAUAUUUUGACAAUUUAUUUUAAACCAAUAAAAUUUUUAAGAUGAAAAGACAUAAUGUUAAAAUGAAAAGUUACAUUUUAAAUUACAUUUUGAUAAGUUCUUUUAAACUAAUGCAAUUUUAAGAUUAAAAGAUAAAUUGUUAAAUGAAAAGAUAUAUACUUUUACAUUUUGACAAUUUUUUGAACCAAUACAACUCUUAAAAUGAAAACACACAACCUUUAAUCAAAAGUCACCUAAAUGAACAAACACAACUUUUAAUAAGAAUUGAAAUUCCUAUAAAAACACACAACCUUUGGAAUUAAUUAGGAUUGCUAUUAUUAGUAGAUAUGUAUAUACAUUUCUAGUCUUUUUAUCUCAUCCUCAUCUAGGCCCUCUGGGGUUCCCUGAGCUAUGAAUAAUUGAUAUCUGAUCCAAGGGUGUCCCUGAUAUGUUGGGGGCCAAAAGUAAUUUGUAAGAGUUUUUAAGAAAUUUUUUUUACAAAUUUGAGAAGUUUUUUUCCAUGUAAUUUUUUUUAAAAAAAUUGGGGGUUCUAUGCCAAUGUUUCACUUUGAUAUGCUCAGGAUCAUCUCUGAUCUGAUAGUAAGUUUUUUGGAAUUAGAAAACAUAAUCACUUAAAAUGAAUAACAAAUAGUGGUCUAUAUAUGGUAAUCAAAACGACUGGUUACAAGGUGAUUUCCCACACCUAUACAGACUUUAUAGAUUUGGAAUACAAAGUCUGAAGUGGAGCAAGCAAUGGUCCUCACUUCCUGAAUCUAUUGGUCUCUUGAAUAAACUGACUGCACUCAACUCGCGUCACUUCACUCUUGAUAGAAGAAAAAGUCUCGAAACAUAGUAGGAUAAAAAAAAGCAAACGCCAGAGAACUUAACGCUUAAAAAAUGCCACUACUAGAAGAGAAGACAGAUACAUACAAAAUAAAAUCUUUUUUUUGUAACAAAAAUUUCAUUAAUUCAAUUCUAAAGCGUUUCGACGAUACUUCCGGUUGUAGUCGACGACAGUAAGAUGAACAACAAUAACCGGAAAACAAUACAACACGGGAUAGAAGUGUUGAUACAUCAAAGUCAACUUGGCUUGACUUAAGCAGAGGAUUGAAACAGUCUUGGGUUUUAAAAAUAAACCAAGAGAUGAAGCAAUAAGUAAAAAAAAGAUGAAAACAUCGAAUCCGAAUAAUCACAGAGUUGUACUCCGUUAAUUCACAUAUAUCUCCACCCGACAUUUGCUGAUGACGCGUUUAGUGUGUGGCACGUGUAAGGGUGUUCGUUAGCUACGCCAUAACGUGUGACCACUUUGGUCUUUAACUGGCCCUCAAGUUACCAAGUCUUGAAACAUGACAAUUCACUAUAUGUGAACAUAUGUGAGAGAGAUUUCAAAAUUGAUGUCUUUCCAAUCCACGUUUUUCACUUCAUGAUUUGAAUGGCAAUUAGCCACUUAGCCAUACUGUACCCCAACCCAAAAUACAAAAACUUCUAAAUCAAAUUGUAUGGGUGAGAUAGCUUCAGUUGAAACCCACGUAUCUUUUAUUUAUACCACCAACCUUCCCUCUCAUUUUUCUUAAACCAAAAUAACUCUUCUUCAAAAAGUUUUCAUAAAGACCAUGUCUGAAUCACAUAUGCUCUUGCAUUUUCUCUCGCUAAUCUUGCUCUGCUGUGUCUUCCCUUCAAGAUCCUUCGAUUUACAUAUCGAUAAUAGUAGUUAUGUUGCUUGUGGUCCCCAUCAGUCUCAAGCUCUCGCUGAUUUCAUGAACGAGUUUGAUAGCAGCCAGUGCAACCUCACUGAUCCCUAUAAUGGAGUCUGGUGCGAUAACUCGACCGGUGUGGUCACAAUGCUACGACUCAGGGACUGCCUCAGUGGAACUCUAAUGCCUAACAGUAGCCUGUUCAGAUUACACCAUCUUCGUUACCUUAACCUCCGUCAUAACAACUUCAUCCCAUCUUCACUUCCUUGGGAAUUUGGCAAUCUCAGCAGGUUAGAGUUCUUAUCUCUUAAGAAUAAUAGCUUUGAAGGCCAAGUUCCUUCCUCGUUUAAUAGCCUAAGCCUUCUUUCCCAUUUAUCUCUUUCCCGAAACGAGCUCACUGGUAGUUUCCCACUUGUAAGGAAUCUAACAAAGCUCUCGUUUUUAAGCCUUUCUAACAAUCAUUUUUAUGGAACUCUGAAUCCCAACAGUACUAGCCUAUUUGAGUUGCACCACCUUCGUUACCUCUAUCUAAGUUACAAUAACUUCAAUUCCUCAAUUCCUUCUGAAAUCGGAAUCCUCAACAGACUAGAGGUCAUUUCUCUUUCCUCCAACGACUUUUCCGGGCAAGUUCCUCCAACAAUUAGUAACCUAACCUCGUUAACCGAAUUAUACCUUGAAGACAACCACCUCACUGGUAGUUUCCCACCUGUACAAAAUCUAACCUUGCUCUCUGUUCUAUAUCUUACCGUGAAUCACUUCUCUGGAACCAUUCCAUCUUCUCUCUUCACCAUGCCUUCCUUAUCAAUUCUCGGUCUGAGAGAAAAUGAUCUAACCGGAUCUAUUGAAUUUCCUAACUCUUCUACCCCAUCUAGGCUCGAGAAAAUGUACCUUGGGAAUAACCAUUUUGAAGGAAAAAUCAUAGAGCCUAGCUCAAAACUCAUCAACCUCACACACCUAGACCUUUCUUUCCUUAACACAAGUUACCCGAUUGACUUAAACCUCUUCUCCUCUCUCAAAUCUUUGUUGCACCUUGAUCUUUCUGGUAACAGUAUAUCUCCAGCUAGUUUAGAUGAUACAAAUUUAGACAUCCCAAUAAACCUGGAGAUUUUGUUGUUACAAGGCUGCGGCAUCACUGAGUUCCCAAAUAUCUUAAAGAUCCUUGAGAAGUUGGUGUUUAUAGACUUGUCCGACAACAUAAUCAAAGGCGAAGUCCCCGAGUGGUUAUGGAAGCUUCCUCGUCUAAACACAGUGUUUCUUUCAAAUAAUUCGUUUAAUGGUUUCCAAGGUCCAGUGGAUGUUUUGGUAAAUUCAUCGGUGAAGAAUUUAUUUAUGGAGAAAAAUUGUUUUGGAGGAGCAAUUCCUAUUCUACCACUCUCUAUCAACGCCUUUUUUGUGUCAGGCAAUAGUUUCACAGGGAGCAUACCUCUUUCAAUCUGCAACUACAGAUCUCUCACGCAAUUGAUGCUAGGUUACAACAGCCUCACGGGUUCAAUCCCUCAAUGCUUGAGUAACUUGACGUUUGUGAAUCUUCGGAAGAACAACUUGGAAGGAAGUAUUCCUGACGCCUUUCAUAUCAGUUCUUCUCUACGAUCACUUGAUGUUGGACACAAUCUACUCACCGGGAAACUUCCAAGAUCUCUUCAAAAUUGCUCAUCUCUAGAGUUUCUAGUUGCUGACCACAACAGCAUCAAAGACACAUUUCCUUUUUGGCUCAAGGCUUUACCAAAUUUGCAAGUACUAAUCCUCAGUUCAAACAAAUUCUAUGGUUCGAUAUCUCCUCCUGGUCAUGGUCCUCUCGGGUUUCCAGAGCUGCGUAUAUUUGAGAUAUCUGAUAAUAAGUUUACUGGAAGCUUGCCACCAAGGUAUUUUGUCAAUUGGAAAGCAUCAUCACUUACGAUGAAUGAAGAUGGUGGUCUAUAUAUGGUAUACACAAAAAGGACUUAUGGGAUACUAUCCUAUAUCCAUAUAGAAACUAUAGAUUUGCAAUACAAAGCUCUACGCCAAAGGAGGGUUCUUACCUCAUAUGCCACUAUUGAUUUUUCUGGGAAUAAAAUUGAAGGACAGAUUCCUGAAUCAAUUGGUCUCUUGAAAGCAUUGAUUGCACUCAACUUAUCAAACAAUGCCUUCACAGGCCGUAUUCCUCUGUCUCUCUCCAAUCUGGGAAAGCUCGAGUCACUAGACCUAUCAAGCAACCAACUCUCAGGGACUAUUCCUAAUGGCCUUGGAACCCUCUCGUUUUUGGAGUACAUAAAUGUGUCUCACAACCAACUCAAGGGUGAAAUACCACAAGGAACACAGAUCAUUGGACAAACUCAAUCUUCAUUUGAAGGGAAUGCAGGGCUUUGUGGUCUCCCUCUCCAGGAAUCUUGUUUUGGGGCUAUUGCGCCACCGAGACAACAACCUCCGGAAGAAGAUAAAGAAGAGGAGGAACAAGUGUUGAACUGGAAAGGUGUGGGAAUAGGGUAUGGACCUGGAGUGUUGCUUGGAUUGGCAAUAGCACAAGCCAUUGGUUCAUACAAACCGGAGCGGCUCGUCAAGAUAAUUGGUCCCGGUAAACGCAGAAACCGUUAGGUAUAUUUUCAGUUUGAGUAUGAUCCUUCAAUGUAUGUCAAGUGGUUGAUGAUCCCUCUUGUAUGGAAGCAUCUAUUUAUGUUUGUUGUAUCAUUAUCUGAUGCUUUGCUUAUAUAUCGUUUGUUGGUGGCGUUACAACGAAGCAAAUUUCCUAUGGUUUUUCUUGUAUCUUUAUCCAAUGCUUUGUUCUGGUUUCAUAUGUGUUUUUUUUUUUUAUAAUUUUGGUGUGAUCUCAAAGGAUUUCUAGGCCCAAAGAUUAAUCAUCCAAGAAGCCUAUAGAAAUUCGGAUUUUUUUGCUACUUAAGCGUCUAUGGGUGGCCAAGGGGAUUUUCAUGUGCUUUAAAAUUAAGAAAUCUGAAUCUUUUCUAGUCAUAUUUGUUUAUUCUUACUCCAAUUCUUUUGAGUGAGAUAAUGAUAUAAAAAGCCUCGAAACAGAGGCGUGAGAGUAAAAACAAACGACAGGGUAUUUGUCAAUUGUCAUUGACGGAGCCGAGCUAUAGAACGGGUAUGGGUUUUAUUUUGUAUGAGCUUGAUAGGGAAGUAAUCUGCGGACAACGCAAGGGCCCACCAACAUCCUCUCCACUCCAUGCCAUGCGGAGGCAGACAGUCCAUGCUGGGCGAUGAAGGAGGUGAGCAACCGUGGACUCCAUCAAGUGAACUUUGAGUCCGACUGCCAACAACUUGUGCAAAUUAUCCAAUUGGCGAAACCUUAGCCUGCUCUAGACCCUGAACUGGAUGAAAGUGGAGCACACUUCACUUAUCAAAAAAAAUUUGGAGCACUUCGAUCUUCUUUUUAUGGUUUCACUCUCAAUUUUAUUCUCUGCUCUUUAAAUAUCCAAACGUAUAGUCUUGCCAAAGACGUCCGAUUACGUGUGGAGAACUACACUUUAGUAGACGUUAAGGAUCUCCUGAGAUUAGCGCAUGAGACUAGCUUGUAUGGAACAUGAAACUUUUGAAGACAAAAACGAAAAAAAUAAUAAUGAAACACAAAAGAUUUGAUAUGUUGGUGUUUUUUCCUUAAAAAUUUGACUUUAUUCGUGUCUUCUUUUGUUAUAACUUUGUUUAUCUCUCUUAACACAAAUUCAUAACCCACAUAUGACAUAUGUAAUAAUGAUUUAUCAACAAAAAGUAGGCAUAUCGCUUCUCGAGUUUAGCAAUUAUAUCACAAGUAAACGUGGUUAACAACUAAUUUGGUCUCAUAUUUUGAUCACGUUUCUCUUCCUAAUUCUAGUCAAAAGUUUCCUCCACUUUUGUCCGAGCAUGAACACUGGCAUUUUCAAACACAAUCACUCUAGUUCAGUUUCGUUUGAAAAAAACCAACUCGUUUUUUAUUCUGACGUGCAUGUUCCACUAAUCGGAUAACAAUCUACGCGUCAUAAAAUUGUCGGCCGUUAUUCCACCAACGUACGGGAUUAUUAUGCACACAUUCCCAUUCAAAUAGUAUACUGUACUACUGUAUAGUGUACUACAAGAAAACAGCGAUAUUCUGACGGAUAUUCCGACGGAAAAUGAAAUCCUCGGAAUAUACCGAGGAAUUUCCGAGGAAAUUCCGAGGAAACACA